GCGAACCACGCAACGGGAGUUUUGGCCACACUGGCAACUGUGCCGCGCGUUGGGGAAGAGAAAUUUAGACCAACAGUGUGCGCGCGUAUGUGUCUGUGACUUUUGUUUGUGGUUUUAGAGCGAGCGCCGUUCUUCGGUCCAAAGCACAAACUCCGGAAGCCGGAGGCAGUGUGAAGAGUUCUAGUGUACCGAUCGAACAGCAGCAACAAUGAACCACACCCGGCACCGUUUGAUCCGUGAGCUGACGGCGGCGGUAACCGGGGCCAAGGGAGGUCCACGCUCCGGGGCACAGUCGAUUGGCCAACAGCAACGCCACAGCAGCACAGAAGGAUCGGCGGUACGCUAUACACACUCGACCGCAUCCUGUCCGCAUAUGGUCGGUGCACUGCAGCAGGGCAACGUGGCCGACGCCAGCCAGACAUCGGCGGCCCAGCAGCCAGCCAGCAUCGCCCGGAACACCGUCCGGUUGGAGGACGCCCGGCCGUACUCGGAGGUCCCCGGACCGAAACCGUUGCCAAUACUGGGCAACACCUGGCGUGUGUUCCCGAUUAUUGGGCAGUACAAAAUAUCGGACGUGGCCAUGAUAUCGUUUCUGCUGCACCGCGACUACGGCCGGAUCGUGCGUCUCGGUGGACUGAUCGGCCGUCCGGAUCUGCUGUUCGUGUACGAUUGUGACGAAAUCGAAAAGGUUUACCGCAACGAGGGACCAACGCCCUUCCGUCCGUCGAUGCCCAGCCUCGUGAAGUACAAGAGCGAACUGCGAAAAGACUUCUUCGGCGAUCUUCCGGGUGUCGUUGGCGUCCACGGGGAGCCCUGGCGUGAAUUUCGCUCGCGCGUCCAAAAACCGGUCCUCCAGCUGUCGACGGUCCGGCGGUACGUGGCCCCGCUCGAGCAGGUCACCGAGGAGUUCAUCGACCGCUGCCAGGCACUGCUGGACGAGCGACGAGAGCUGCCGGAUGAUUUCGACAACGAGAUCCACAAGUGGAGUUUGGAGUGCAUCGGGUUGGUGGCGCUCGAUGCGCGGCUCGGCUGCCUCGAACCCAACCUCGAGCCCAGCUCCGAACCGCAGCAGAUCAUCAACGCGGCCAAAUACGCCCUCCGGAACGUGGCCACCCUCGAGCUGAAGGCCCCGUACUGGCGCUACUUCCCGACCCCGCUCUGGUCACGCUACGUAUCGAAUAUGGACUACUUUGUGGAAGUGUGUAUGAAGUACAUCAAAAACGCCACCCAGAGGAUGCAACAGAACGAAGGCCGAGCGUUGGACGGGGAACCCUCGCUGUUGGAGCGCGUCAUCAAGAGUGAAAACGACGAGAAGCUGGCGGUCGUCAUGGCGCUGGAUCUGAUUCUGGUCGGCAUCGACACGAUUUCGAUGGCGGUCUGCUCGAUCCUGUACCAGCUGGCGACGCGGCCGGCCGAGCAGCAGAAACUGUACGAAGAGCUGAAGCGCCUGAUACCGGACCCGAAGACCCCGCUCACGAUCCAGCUGCUCGACCAGGCGCACUACCUGAAGGCAUUUAUCAAGGAGGUGCUCCGGGUGUACAGCACCGUGAUCGGGAACGGGCGCACCCUUCAGGAGGACACCGUCAUCUGUGGCUAUCGGAUUCCGAAGGGGGUGCAGUGUGUGUUCCCGAACCUAGUCCUCGGCACGAUGGAGGAGUACGUAUCGGAUGCGCAGCGCUUCAAGCCGGAACGUUGGCUGAAACCGAACCAGGGCGGUUCCGGCGACCAGCUGCACCCGUUCGCGUCGCUCCCGUACGGAUACGGUGCCCGGAUGUGUCUUGGGCGGCGCUUCGCCGAUCUGGAGAUGCAGAUCCUGCUGGCGAAACUGCUGCGCUCGUUCAAACUCGAGUACCACCACAAGCCGCUCGACUACGUCGUCACGUUCAUGUACGCCCCGGAAGGGGCACUCAAGUUCAAAAUGACCCCUCGCGAGGACUAACUGACUAACUAACUACCACUAC